UACAUUUUGGGUGUGCACGCAUGCACGGACGGCCGCGGCCUUAGCACGCAAAAGCUCGCUCGACAAACAAGGUUUAUAGCGGUCACACAUUUGCGAGAGGAUGCCAGAAUUGACGACACAAGCUGUGAAUUCAGUGGGCUCCAAGAUGACUGUAAUGUCUUGGGUGCGUCACUGGGGAAGCUGCCUGCUGUGCUUGGUGUGCGUCACGUUGUGUAUAUACUGCGUAGUUCGCGUCACGUCUUACCAGGACGAUGCAGCAACGGAGUGUGAUUGGCCUUCCAUGGCGAGGAAUGCGAUAACUCUGGACUUGACCUACAAUUUCACCAAUGAGACGAUAUACUGGCAAACUGGCGCUACCUUUCAACUGGAUGUAGAAGCAUAUCCGGGCCCUGGUGAUGAAUGGAAACAGAUCGACCAGAUCUCCGAAAAAACGCACGGUGGUACACAUUUAGAUGCGCCGUUGCACUGUGCCAAGGGUGGAUGGUCUGUGGCGGAUAUCCCCAUUGAACGACUUAUGUACGUACCGAUAGUGAAGCUGGACAUCCGCUCGAAGGUUCAAGCGGACCCCGAGUACAUCAUCACGUUGUCUGACAUUCACGACUGGGAAACCCGAUACGGAAGAGUUCCCGAUGGCUGCCUUUUUCUGGUCGACACAGGACGGUGCCGGUUGUGGCCCAAUCGGACGGCUUACAUGGGACUGGACGAAAAGGGAGACCGGCACUAUCCCUCCCUGGCUCCUGAGGCGGCGACAUUUCUCACGAGCGAGCGGCGUCCGUACGGCUUUGGUCUAGACGGGCCAUCGCUGGAUCACUACCCAGACCUAACUGUUCACAAUAUCAUCGCCGCUGCUAGUUUGUAUACUACGGAGAACUUGGCUUGCCUUUCACGUGUGCCAGCAGUGGGGGCAACGGGAUUUGUCCUUCCCAUGAAAAUAUCGGGAGCCAGUGGCGCCCCCGUUCGUGUUGUCGCUACCUUACCCUGACGCUGUCACUGGACACCUCUACACUUUGCGGAGAGCACAGUGGCCGAGCCUUUGUUAUGCCCAACUAAAUAUACUAAAAGACCUA